UUGCAGAUCCCCGCGGCUCGGCCGACCCAGGGGUGGUGCUACCAGUCCUGCCACCGGCAGUCCCGACGGGCAGGGGCCGGGGACCCAUCCCGAGCCACAGGCUGGAGAGCGGGGAGCCGUCCCCAUGAGUGGCGCCCGGUAGAGCGGAUCCCGAGCGGCCGCUGGCGUGGACAAGCCCCGGGGCUCACGGGCUUGGGGAAGGGAAAGGCGAUUUCUGAAACCCGACACCCGGCCCUCUUCGCGAGGAAACUUCGCCGGCUGAAACUGUCAUCCCAGAAAUCAUCUAACUUCUGUGCAUGUGACUUCUCAUCUGUAAACUGAGGACUAGACCACAGGAUUACUUAGGCCUGCCGAGUCCAUCACUAUGACCGAUGGGGACUAUGACUAUCUGAUCAAACUCCUGGCCCUUGGAGAUUCGGGGGUGGGGAAGACGACAUUUCUUUAUCGAUACACAGACAAUAAAUUCAAUCCCAAGUUUAUCACCACUGUAGGGAUAGACUUCCGGGAAAAACGUGUGGUUUAUAAUGCACAGGGACCCAAUGGAUCAUCAGGGAAAGCAUUUAAGGUGCAUCUUCAGCUGUGGGACACUGCAGGACAAGAACGAUUCCGGAGCCUCACAACUGCAUUUUUCAGAGAUGCCAUGGGUUUCUUAUUAAUGUUUGACCUCACCAGUCAACAGAGCUUCUUGAAUGUCAGAAACUGGAUGAGCCAACUGCAAGCAAAUGCUUAUUGUGAAAAUCCAGAUAUAGUAUUAAUUGGCAACAAGGCAGACCUGCCAGACCAGAGGGAAGUCAAUGAAAGGCAAGCCCGGGACCUGGCUGACAAAUACGGCAUACCAUAUUUUGAAACAAGUGCAGCAACUGGCCAGAAUGUGGAGAAAGCCGUGGAAACCCUUCUGGACUUAAUAAUGAAGCGAAUGGAACAGUGUGUAGAGAAGACACAAGUCCCUGACACCGUCAACGGUGGAAACUCGGGAAAGCUAGAUGGGGAGAAACCAGCAGAGAAGAAAUGUGGCUGCUAGUCCCUGCAUAGGAACUGAUCAUCAAAAACCCCACCCAAAUAUUACUUCCCAAAACAGCGGCAAACCACAAAAUUGUUGUUGAGUAGACCAUGCAUACUGGCAUAUCUUGCUUUUCUGCCUGAAAAAUCUAUUUUAAGAAACCAGAAUAGUCAACAGUGUUCAAAGGAUUGACCGGUUGUCUCUGAGGCCCCUCCAGACAAGAUCAGAGAUUUCCUAAUGUGGUCUCACUAUGAUGGAUGCUCAAUUUGUGUGUGUGUGUGU